CAUAAAAAGGUGACCCGCAUUUUAUUCGUGUCAGUAGGAUGUAUUCUUUGGCGUUUAUUUUGGCCGUCACCUUUUUAAAUGUGGACUGCAAGCAACUGCUUGUCUCGUACCCGCUGAGAGAGACAUGUGGCCCACCACCUCCUUUAUACGUACCACCCCCACCAUUAUGCGCCCCACCCGUGCCAGCAUGUCCCCCACCCGUUCCAGUUUGUGCCCCACCGGCUCCAGCCUGUCCUCCACCCGUUCCAGUUUGUGCCCCACCGGCUCCAGCCUGUCCUCCACCCGUUCCAGUUUGUGCAUCACCCGCUCCAGUCUGCGCCCCAACAGUUCCAGUUUGUGCCUCACCAGCUCCAGUCUGUGCCACAGCCGUUGCCCUACCCUUCGUCACAGACCUCCGAACCUGCCCCGACUUUUACUUCACUGAUAUCCUCCUAUCCCCCAUAGGGUCUCUAGACCCUAUUUUCUCCAUUUAUGGGUGUCCCGAGCCAGCCACACCAGUUCCACCUGCUUCUCCACUGAAGGCACUGUCGUGUUCGUGUGGUCCGCCUCCAGGGUUCACCGAGGACUACUCCUGCGACUGCUUCUUGAAGAGAGGAUGCAUCCCCCCUCCCUUCAUAUAAGUUAUUUAUUUUAGAAUAGAAUAAAGUAAAUUAAAUACCUA